UUCGCUCAUAGGGUUUGUUCUACCAGACUUCAGUCCGUAUUUUGAAAGCGACCACAGACGACACUCUUGGCUAUUUCAAGAGGUUUACCUGUCAAUAUCCUCAGACACCGUGACGUGUCUCUAGUUUCGACUUCAGUUGAAGUGUUUUUGUCUUAACAUGGCUAUGAAGCAAGCGGCGUGGAGACGACACUGGGAAUUAAAUUUCACUCUCGUUCCAUCAGCUUGUUUGAAGUGAAUGGUGCACCGGGCAGUUGUGAACUCCUUUUCUCACAACUUCUUUUUUUGUAUAAACACCUCUUGUUGUUCAUUUCUCAGCAACGGAUACACUAGUUCCAGGUAUCUAUAGUUGUAUUUAUUUUGUUUGUUUUCGGGUUGACUUUUCCACCCUCACCUCCUGGGCUUCGGAGGUGGUCCUCUGAAAAAUGGAGGCUGUUAUCGAGAAGGACUGCAGUGCGCUUGGAGGACUCUUCCAAACUCUUAUCGGAGACAUGAAGAGUGGCUACCCGAUUUGGGAGGACUUCAUCACCAAGGCAGGCAAACUGCAGUCACAGUUCAGAGCCACAGUGGUCGCCUUGGCUGCCUUCUUGGAUGCCUUUCAGAAAGUGGCUGACCUGGCAACGAACUCAAGAGGAGGCACCAGAGACAUCGGAUCAGCCUUGACAAGGAUGUGCAUGAGACAUCGCAGCAUCGAAGCCAAAUUCAAACAGUUCUCCAUGACCUUCUUGGAAGCUCUGAUCAACCCCCUACAAGAACAGAUGGAGGAGUGGAAAAGAGGUGUCUACACUCUGGAUAAGGACCAUGCCAGAGAAUAUAAGAGAGCUCGGCAGGAGAUCAAGAAAAAGUCAUCAGACACACUGAAACUUCAGAAGAAAGCAAAGAAAGCUGAUACUGUGGGUCGUGGUGAUAUCCUGCCCCAGUUGGACUGCGCGAUGCAAGAUGUCAAUGACAAAUACAUUCUUCUGGAAGAAAUUGAGAAAGAGGCCCUGAGGAAAGCGCUGAUAGAGGAGAGACAAAGAUUCUGCACUUUUGUAGCCUUGCUGCGGCCUGUAGUGGAUGAAGAGAUUUCAAUGUUGGGAGAGGUUACCCAUCUCCAGGCCAUCUCUGAUGACCUCAAAUCACUGACCUCUGAUCCCCACAAGCUACCUGCUGCCAGUGAACAAGUGAUCUUGGAUCUGAAAGGCUCAGACUAUAGUUGGUCUUACCAAAGUCCACCCUCUUCCCCUAGCACCACUACAUCCAGGAAGUCCAGCAUGUGCAGUAGUCUGAACAGUGUUAACAGUAGUGACUCCAGGGGAUCAAGUGGCUCUCACUCUCAUUCUCCUUCCUCCUCUUCUUCCUCCUCUUCCUCACACCACCUCUUCCACCACCAUCAACCUCGCCAACGGUACCGCAGCUCCACGCUGUCCCAGCAGGCCCCAGCUCGACUCUCCAGCAUCUCCUCCCACGACUCUGGCUUCAUCUCUUCAUCGCAUGACCAAUGCACAUCCUCCAAGUCAUCGUCACCAAUGCCAGCAAAUAGCAAGCCUUGUGCCAGUUCCAGCUCCUCUGAGGUGUCAGAUUUUGAGCACCUUCACUGUGACUUGAGCAGGGACCCCCCCUCUCUAGCAGCAGCUGCUGCUGCAUCUCUGCAUACUAUUGACAAGCUGUCCAAUGGCUUUGACCACCACAGCCCAGCCAACUCCCCUACCAGUGGUGGGAGUUUGAGCUCUGGCUCCAGCACAGCCUUCCCCUUCUUCCCUCCAUCUUCCUCUUCCUCCUCCUGCCCAACACGAUCAUGGUCACGUCCCGCUUCAGCACUCCUGCCAGAUUUCCCUCACAACUGCCCCAUGGGCUCUCCCACGAUGCCUUCCUCUCAUGUGCCCAGCUGGAAGGACUGGGCAAAGCCAGGGCCAUACGACCAGCCCAUGAUCAAUACAUUGCGAAAGAAGAAGGACAAGGGGCCUCCAGUUGUAAUGGACAAUCAUGGAGUUGCAGGCAGGGAAAGCAGCGCACCGCAAAGCCUUGCAACCGCUACUCUGGCUCCAGCUGAGAUGCCUCAAAAAGUGUCACGAGAAGAAAGGAACAGGACAACACCAGCCAAGGCUGGUGAUCUUGACACCCAUGAUGAGCUGGCUUUGGCCUUAUCAAGAGGCCUGGAAUUGGACACCCAGAGGUCCAAUCGAGACUCAAUCCAAUGCUCCAGUGGAUACAACACUCAGACCAAUACACCCUCCUGCUCUGAGGACACCAUACCCUCACAAGUGUCAGAUUUUGACUAUUUUUCAAUGACCGAGGAACAGGACCCUGAGCAGCAGCAGUCCGACUUUGACAAGUCCUCCACCAUCCCCAGAAACAGUGACAUUGGCCAGUCGUACCGACGCAUGUUUCAGACCAAGCGGCCUGCCUCCACAGCCGGCAUGCCAAGCACACAUGCUCCCUACCCGGUGCAGGGGGGCUACCACAACGGAGCCUGUCCCUCAACACCCACCCACAAAUAUACAUCAUCCGGGCCUUAUUCACCUACUCCAACAGGUUGUUCAAAUCAGGUGAUUUAUUCUGGUUACCAUAAUGUCUCUGGGUCCCAUUCUACAAGUCAUGGUCCAGUUAUUGUCACCCCAGGUGUUGCCACAAUCCGCCGCACGCCUUCCUCCAAACCUUCUGCUCGCCGCUCAGGCUCAGUUGUCGGCACAGGUCCCAUUCCUAUUCGUACACCAGUCGUCCCCGUAAAAAUACCAACAGUUCCCGACAUGUCAGGAGUCCUAAACGGGAGCAAGAUUGGAGAGGAAAUCGGAAAGAUUCCAGAUUCUCCCACAUUUCCACAAGGCGACAAUGGUGGAGUGCCACCUGUGGUGUCUUGGAGCGGUCAGGCGUCGAGCAAUCCUCCCACCGUCCCCCUGCCCAACCAACUGGCCCAGCAGCACCCUCACAGUGAGCGAGGAGAAACUGAGACAGGAGACGAGGCAGAUGGCAACAUGCUGGUGGCCAUCCGCAACGGAGUCAAGCUCAAGAGGACCCUCACCAAUGACCGCUCAGCACCUCGGAUUGCGUGAUCCCAAUGACAUGCAAAGUCAAGACCGUGUGAGAGAGAAAAGAGAGUUUUAUUCAAGAAAUUUAACUAUUUCUUUUUGAUGGGGUGUUAAGAUGUCUUCCUACAUGAUUAGGUAUCAGAUCAUCAAUGAGGUCACUGUGUCUGGUUAGUGAUGCCUCCCCGAAAAAAUAACAAAAAGGGGAUUGCACAACCACCUUGAGUACUUAACAUGAUUUACCAUGAUGCAAACCACAAUCUGACGAUUGAGUCAAUCGAUGGUUAAUUUCAGAAGUAAAAAAGAUGACUGUGAGCGUGUUCACAUCCAAGAAGGCUACAUGAACAUGGGGAAAUGAGGCAAGUGAUGGAGUGCAAUGUCUAGGGGAGGGUUGCCCAAGGAAUUGCAGGUCGUGGUGGUCAUCGUUGACCUGUGUUGAGGUCACUGUGACCUUAAAAGACCUUCAUGCAUCUGCACAAUGAGUUACUGUGGGCAAAGCCGUCCUGCAUCCACUGUAGUCAUCCACAGCAUCACUGUGGACACACGUCUGAGGUAGCCAGCAAGUUUCACAACAACGCAAACAUCAAUGCAUGAUGUUCUAAUCUAGAUAAAGAUAUGGAGUGCAGCAAUACACGGUUGCUCUUUUCCGUUCGGAUCCACGAGUAUUCCUAUUACCUGCCUAAAUUCUUGAUUUACGUCCAUGUUGCCAGAAGCAUGCUUUUGCUGCUUUUCACACUUAAACCUUCAUGCUACGACACAGAGCCUGACACUUUCAGCAUCAUCCCUUUCAACAAGAAUGUGUCGCAACACAGUUGUCUUUAACAUUAUAUAGCAAGUUGUGUACAUACAUAGACCUUUUUUUUUUUAAAUAGCAUUUACUGUAUUAGCAGUCACAGGCACUGCCUCAUACUGUGGAGUUAUUCGCACAUACAACUUACUAAUAAACGUUAUGUGGAAAAAAGGGAUACGUUUAACACUUCAAUGUUUUUAUGGAAGUUUGUACUAGUUGAGAACCCUUAUGAGGAACUGUUUCUUUCAAAACAAUCUGUAUCAUUUAAUCUAUUAUCUCUGGACAAGUUCAAACUUUGGUGUCAUGUCAUGUCAAUGGUGUUAUGGAAACACAUCCACUCCAAAAUUGUAUUAUUAAAGAAAUGCUGUAGUUUAAUUUUUACAGGACAAUAAGAUGCUGUAGCAACAUUAGGCUUAGCAUCAUACUUUGUGUAUUUGCAUUUCUGUUAAAGCACUGUGCAUCGUGGUGACUGCAUAUCAGGCUUGUAAACAUUAUUUACUUGUACAAGCAUUAUUUAUUUAUUUUCUCAAUUUUUUUGCAACUCACCCUCAGUUUAUAACAUCAUAACAGUGGUAUUGACUCCAUGUUACCUGAUUUUCUGUUAUUGUUGUUUCUUUAGGUUUCUGGCUUAAGUGCCAUAAACUAUUGGUCUAUUAUUUCACCUAUGUUUACUGUAUAACCUGCAUUUUGUCAGAGCUCACUGGUGACAAAACUAAAACAAACAAACAAAAAAAA